AGGCUAAUCACACAGAACCUCUUACCUGACUGGCAUUUGUGUUGCAGGAUGCAGAAGGCUCCACUUGUUUGCAUCUGGCUGCCAAGAAGGGGCACUAUGAUGUGGUUCAGUAUCUGCUUUCAAAUGGACAGAUGGACGUCAACUGCCAGGAUGAUGGUGGCUGGACGCCCAUGAUUUGGGCCACCGAAUACAAGCAUGUGGAUCUCGUGAAGCUGCUGCUCUCUAAGGGGUCUGACAUCAACAUCCGGGACAAUGAGGAGAACAUCUGCCUGCACUGGGCAGCCUUCUCGGGCUGUGUGGACAUCGCAGAGAUACUGCUGGCUGCCAGGUGUGACCUCCAUGCCGUAAACAUCCAUGGAGACUCGCCUCUACACAUCGCUGCCCGGGAGGACCGCUAUGCCUGUGUCGUCCUCUUUCUUUCUCGGGAUUCAGAUGUCACCUUGAAGAACAAGGAAGGCGAGACACCCCUGCAGUGCGCAAGUCUCAACUCCCAGGUGUGGAACGCGCUGCAGAUGAGCAAGGCGCUGCGGGACUCAGCCCCAGAUAGGCCUGCUCCACAGGAGAAGACAAUGAGCAGAGACAUCGCCCGGGGCUAUGAACGCAUCCCCAUCCCUUGCGUCAAUGCCGUGGACAGUGAGCCAUGUCCCAGCAACUACAAAUAUGUGUCCCAGAACUGUGUCACAUCCCCUAUGAACAUUGACAGAAACAUCACUCACCUGCAGUACUGCGUGUGUGUGGAUGACUGUUCUUCCAGCAACUGCAUGUGCGGCCAGCUCAGCAUGCGCUGCUGGUAUGACAAGGAUGGCCGGCUCCUGCCCGAGUUCAACAUGGCUGAGCCACCGCUGCUGUUCGAGUGCAACCACGCCUGCUCCUGCUGGAGAAACUGUCGCAACCGCGUUGUGCAGAACGGACUCAGAGCCCGACUGCAGCUCUACCGGACACAGAACAUGGGCUGGGGUGUUCGAUCCCUGCAAGAUAUUCCACUGGGCACCUUUGUCUGCGAGUAUGUUGGGGAGCUCAUCUCUGACUCAGAGGCUGACGUCCGGGAGGAAGAUUCUUACCUCUUUGAUCUUGACAACAAGGAUGGAGAGGUAUACUGCAUUGACGCACGAUUCUACGGCAAUGUCAGCCGCUUCAUCAACCACCACUGCGAGCCCAACCUUGUGCCUGUGCGCGUAUUCAUGUCGCACCAGGACCUGCGCUUCCCCAGGAUCGCCUUCUUCAGCACCCGCCUCAUCGAGGCUGGGGAGCAACUGGGGUUUGACUACGGGGAGCGUUUCUGGGACAUCAAAGGCAAGCUGUUCAGCUGCCGCUGUGGCUCCCCCAAGUGCCGCCACUCCAGCACAGCCCUGGCACAGCGGCAGGCCAGCGAGGCCCAGGAGCCCCAGGAGAACGGCCUGCCUGAUACCAGCUCCUCCGCUGCAGACCCUCUAUGAGGCCCAGUGGCCCUUGGACACCUGCACACUGACGCCUCUCACACACAGUUUGGAGGCGAGAGGAGCACACCCCACAGCUGGGGCUGGCUGGGGCUCUGUGGCCCAAGGGAGCAGCCUGUGGGGAGCACACGCUGAAGAGCACCCUGGCUGGUCUCCACGCCCGCCUCGCUGUGAGUUAUGAUGGUGGUCUUGUCGUUUUCAAGUUUCUUGUUCCCUGAACUCUGUGCUCCAUGAUUCCUAUUCCACCACCAGGCUCGCUGGCCACAUCCCAUCGGCCCAGGCCCCUCUAUAUGGCGUCCUCAAAGCCACCAUCACCCGCAGGCUGUGCUCCGUUACUCACACCUGCAGCCUGUGUGGUGGCUGCCAGUCCCAGCGCCACGCAGACUCUGUCUCUGCUGUAGUCUGAGAGCGAGAACAUGGGUUUGCUUUUUAAAGAAAUCCUAUAUCUAGUCCUAUAUAUCAGACCUCAAUGUCUUUCUUUGCAAGGAAACGGUUUGGUGGGCGUAGGAGGGCCGUGGCCUAUGGAGGACCCCACACCAGCCCCGCCAGUGCUGCCGCCACUGGCACCUUGUGUUGAUUUUUAAGCCACAUGCUCUAAUGAUGAAUGAACUGAUUUAUUUUCUACCAUUAUUGAACAUUAGGACAAAUAAAAAACACAAAACACAGAGAACGGUGCUGAUUCUGGUGUGGUUUCUACUCACCAUGUGAAAAAUAAACUUAUCAACUGUACAAAGAGAACAAAAUGAUUUUAGAAUAAAAUGCAGGAAAACAAAACUUUUUUAAACUGUUAGUCUUGUAGUGUGAAUAAAUUUGCCAUCACCUUUUGUGUGGUGGCCUGCCAGGUCAUAUACUUUUUUUUGACAUAUACUUUUUUAAAUACUGUAAUUAGUGCAGUGACCGUGGGGUUUUUUUGUGCGACUCUUCUAAAACAUUCAUGAUGCAGUCAUGUUUAUUUUUUUCUGUUAAAAUGUUUUUGACAGUUUUGAGAACAGUCUUUUGGCUCAGACCAUUUCUUGUUCUGUUUUAAAUGAAAUCAAUAAAAAAAAAAGUACUUUAAAUGAG